AGUCCAUAAACUGUUUCCUCCUCCACUCAAACCAUUAGCCCUAUCCAUUUACCAAAAUCCAUUCACCCCUUUUUCUUCUUCUUCCCAUCUCCUCUAUCCUUUGAGGGUUUUUUAAAAAAGUCUCUCUGGUUUUGGUCUGCUAACCAAAGCCACUGUCCAGUUCCCAGUGAGGGGUUUUUGAGAAUGGCACAAAUCUUGGCUCCAUCCGUACAAUGGCAGCUGAGGGCUGCAAAGGGAUCAGCAGAUGCAAGUCCAUUGAGCAGCAAGUCAUUGAGCUCUCUUUUUGUGAAGCAGAACAAGAGAGGGGCUGUUAAAAGCUCAACAAAAUUUAGAAUUUGUGCUCUUAGCUCCGACAACAGCACCGUUAACCGUCUCGAACAGCUCCUGAACUUGGAUGUGAAGCCGUAUACUGACAAGAUUAUCGCCGAGUAUAUUUGGAUUGGAGGAUCAGGUGUCGACCUCCGUAGUAAGUCGAGGACCAUCGCGAAGCCAGUCGAGCACCCUUCCGAGCUCCCGAAGUGGAACUACGACGGAUCGAGCACGGGACAGGCCCCCGGAGAGGACAGCGAAGUGAUCCUAUACCCACAGGCGAUAUUCCGCGAUCCAUUCCGCGGCGGCAACAACAUUUUGGUCAUAUGCGAUACGUAUACUCCCCAAGGCGAGCCGAUCCCGACGAACAAGCGUCACCGAGCUGCGCAGAUUUUCAGCGAUCCUAAGGUUUCCGCCGAAAUUCCAUGGUUUGGAAUCGAACAAGAAUACACUCUACUUCAGACUAAUGUUAAAUGGCCGCUCGGGUGGCCUGCCGGAGGAUAUCCCGGUCCUCAAGGUCCGUAUUAUUGUGGUGUCGGGGCUGAUAAGUCGUUCGGUCGGGACAUAUCCGACGCACAUUACAAAGCUUGUUUAUACGCCGGAAUAAAUAUUAGCGGUACCAAUGGGGAGGUCAUGCCCGGCCAGUGGGAGUUUCAAGUCGGCCCUAGCGUCGGAAUCGAAGCUGCGGAUCACAUCUGGUGCGGCCGGUACCUCCUCGAGAGAAUUACAGAACAAGCGGGAGUUGUGCUGACGCUCGACCCGAAGCCGAUCGAGGGCGACUGGAACGGAGCCGGAUGCCACACCAAUUAUAGCACCAAGACCAUGAGAGAAGACGGCGGAUUUGAAGCGAUAAAAAAGGCGAUCUUGAACCUAUCGCUUCGCCACAAAGAGCAUAUCAGCGCUUACGGUGAAGGAAACGAGAGAAGAUUGACGGGAAAACACGAAACGGCGAGCAUCAACGACUUUUCAUGGGGCGUUGCCAACCGCGGCUGCUCGAUCCGUGUGGGACGAGACACCGAGAAGAGCGGCAAAGGUUAUUUGGAAGACAGGCGCCCGGCUUCGAACAUGGACCCCUACGUCGUGACGUCGUUACUCGCUGAUACGACGAUUCUGUGGGAGCCUACACUCGAAGCCGAAGCUCUUGCAGCUCAGAAACUUUCGCUGAAGGUUUAGACACCUCGAAAUUGCUCGGAUCGAACGAACAGCAGCUCGACGACCGCGAUUUUCGCCGUAUUUUGGACAAAAAUUUGGCUCUUGCCGUGUUCUCUACCUUAAAAAAAAUUGUCUGCCUUCCAUUGUUGGCAUUCAUUACUAUCUUGGACAAUUAGAUUAUUUACGUCUCAUGUUUCUGAAUGCUUUUCUGGAGGAUUUCUAUCGAAUGUUCUUUUUUUAAUAAAAGAUGCUUUCUUUAA